GACUCCGUGGGCAGGCCGACCCUCCCGCGUCUGUGACAACAUCGGCCGUUGUGUUGUGUCUUUGUCUACAUCUUAGCCCCCCUAUUCAGACCGUCCAUCUACCUCAGAAGCAGAAACCAAUCAAUCAUCCAUCAUGGUCCGAAGAUUCACCCCCGCGACUUCCCCCCCAUCGCUCGCCGCGACGUAUGGAGUCCGCCCCAGCCCCGUGUCUAUGAACGUCCACCAGCGACCUCUCGUGGUCGCGUCAUCCGCCAACGAACCCAAGAUCACCAUCGUCAAGGCGGAUCUCUUGAUCCCAGGAGACGGCGAGCCCCUGAAAGAUGCCGCCAUCGUGAUCAGUGGCAAGAUCAUUGCCUUCGUUGGCCCCCAGACCGAAGUCCCCAAGAAAUAUCUCCGGUCCAACCACUCCAGCCACCACGUCCCCGUGCUCAUGCCCGGCCUGUGGGAUGUCCACAUCCAUUUCGCCGGAGAUGACGACUACUACCUUGACUAUACCUCCGGCCUGUCCACCCACCCCGCCUCAGCCGGGGCUCGACUCGCCAGGGGAUGCUGGGAGGCGCUGCAGAGCGGGUAUACCUCGUACCGCGACCUAGCGGGCUGGGGGUGUGAGGUGUCCAAAGCCAUCAACGACGGGACCAUCGUAGGUCCCAAUGUGUACUCGUCCGGGGCGGCCCUCAGCCAAACGGCGGGGCAUGGCGACAUCUUCGGGCUCCCCGCGGGUGAUGUCCUGGGCAACUACGGAGUGCAGAAUCCACGCCCGGGAUACUGGGGCACAGGGCAACUGUGUAUCGUCGACGGGGUGGACGAGGUGCGUCGGGCGGUGCGUCUGCAGAUCCGCCGCGGGGCGAAGGUGAUCAAAGUAUUCGGGACGGGCGGGGUCAUGUCGCGCGACGACGACCCCAACUGCGCGCAGUUUUCGCCGGAGGAGCUGCGGGCGGCCGUGGAGGAGGCGGCGAGGCAGAACCGCAUCGUGGCCGCGCAUGUGCACGGCAAGGCGGGGAUCAUGGCGGCGAUUCACGCCGGGUGCAAGAGUCUGGAACAUGUGUCGUAUGCGGACGAGGAGGUCUUUGAGCUGAUGAAGGCGAAAGGGAUCGUGUACGUGGCCACGCGCACGGUCGUUGAGGUUUCAUUGGACACGAACGGCGAGGGGCUGGUGAAGGAGUCCUGGGAAAAGCUGCAGGCUCUGGCCGGCGCCAGUCUGAGGGCGUAUCAGGGCGCCGUCAAGGCGGGCGUCACCAUGGCUUUGGGUACCGAUACCGCCCCGGGAGGUCCGACGGCCCUGGAGCUGCAGUACGCCGUCGAGAAGGGCGGCAUGACCCCCCUCCAGGCCAUCCAGGCCGCCACCGCCAAUGCCCCCCUCGCCGUCGGUCUGCAGGCCCCCUUGACCGGUCAGCUCAAGGAGGGGUAUGAGGCCGAUGUGAUCGCGCUGGAGGAGAACCCCUUGAACGAUAUCAAGAUCUUCCAGGACCGGAAGGUCAUCACCCAUGUGUGGAAGGGGGGUAAACUCUUCAAGGGACCGGGGAUUGGGCCUUGGGGGGAGGACGAGAAGAAUCCUUUUCUGUGAUGGUAGGUAGGUAACAAUUGUCGUUCAUCUCACAUCCAUAUUGAAGUGGAUUCUCAGGGGUGUAGGGGCUUCCGAACGCUUCACCUGUACACGGCCUAAGACGCAGGAGC